AUGGUACACAGGCCGAAGGCACGUCCAGAACAUCAAAAUCUUGCCCAGCUUUCUGAAGCAGUCAUGGAAAACCGUAUUCGCUUCUUUGGUCACGUUACGACGAUACCGUCAGGUCAUUUUGUCCAAGUUGUCCUGAGAAUGCUUCCAGAUCCUAACUGGAAAAGACCUCCUGGUCGUAGAAGAAAGCUCUGGACGAAGGUGAUGAAGGAGGAUUUCAGGACACCUGGCGUUGACAAGCAGUUUAGUCGAGACGUAAGGUCCCGCCGCCUAGGGGAUAGCGACGGAUGGAUAAAUUCUAUACGAACUCUAGGUGAAGAUCAAGCAGGAUAG